UAUUUAUUUGGCAUUUAAAAAUUACUUUUUCAGUAGCUCGAAAAUAGCCACGUUGCUGCCUCAAUAUUGCGUGAGACUAAAUGACGUUCAAGUGAUAUUUACAUUCGAGUGUCAUUACUACGUGCGGGGUCAAAUUCAAGUUCGAAAUAAUUGAACCAUAUUCUCUCUGUCUCUUUCACGUCGUUAGCAAAAAAAAGAGACAGACAAACGUUCAACCCGUAUAGGAUUAAUAGACCCCGAAAAAAUUAUAACGCAUCGUUCAAAAACACCGAGUAUGAAUUGGUCAUAAUUAAAUAAUAAAUAAAAAUGUUUCAUUUUUGAUAAACACAUAUGUAUUACGUAUUUUAUUGUAAAAUCAUUGUACUUAACUUUAAAAUCUUAGAAAGUUUUUUUAUUAAAUCUCGAUUGAACUGUCGAAUUUCUUUCGUUUUGUUUUGGUAUUUUAUUAUAGUAAUUAAAUUUAUUGGUAAGAAUAUCUUAAAAUAAAACGAGCAAAUAAGUGAUGAAUAAGAAUUACUUUUUUUUUUAACAUUGUAUUCUUCUUUCUUAUUGCUAAGGUGAAAAGUUGUAUGUCUUACAUGAUAUCCCCGGACCCGGACCCGGGUAUGUCCUUAAACUACGUCCACAGGAGAGGUAUGGGCAUUGUGAAUGUCAUCUCGCUCUGUGUGGUAGGGCACAGCACAGCGGAUGUCAUUCCAGAUCUAGAGCAGAGCCCAACUGAGGAAGUACCUCCACCUUACUGAAAAUCGCAGCCAAAUAACACUAGACCCUACUCAUAGUGUUGUGUUCCUGCCGGUGAGUAAGGUUGCCAGAGCUCAACGAGGGUGGGAGGGGGUUAAGGUCGGCAACGCGUAUGUAACUCCUCUGGAGUUGCAGGCGUACAUAGGCUACGGAUACUGCUUACCAUCAGGCAGGCCGUAUGUUUGUUUGCCACCGACGUAGUAUAAAAAAAAAAUAUCCAAGUUAUUUACAAUAUUUACCCACAUCUCGAACUUUUGAUUCGCUUGCACGGGACUCAUAUUAAGCACUCUCUUCUUGCACAAAUAACUAUUCUGAGUUGAAUAUCAAAAAUAAUCCACUUCAAAAAUAAAUUUGCAGCUAUUGUAUUAUUUUAUAUCAUUUAAUUUCUACAAAGCUUGUAAAUAUUUUGGUACAUUACUUCGUCUGCAUAACGAAAAUUUACAUAUUUUACUGAGUUUACGGGCAUUCGCGUUUUAUUUCGUUUCGUUGUCAUUUCAUAUCCAUUUUGUCAUCCCUCGCUAAAUGGCCGUGAGGAAAAACCAUAUUGUUUAGUCAAACGGAAAACUUUUAGUGAAAUCGGGUUUGCUGCUCAGUCUGGUUUAUUCUUUCGACGUAGGAUAACGCUUUUUGGUACCUGGUUACAUUUUGCUUCAGUAAGUAUAUUUUGUAAUAUAAUUUACUAAGAAAUUGUGACAGGCAUGUUAUUAACAAAACCUAACAUUUUUGAAAGGUUUUGUUAAAAACAUAUUUAUUAAUUUCGGCGAAGUAAAAUACUGGAGCUUCAAUUAUGCCUUUUGCCUACAAUAUCCGGGACACCUGCCAUUUAAAUGACGAUUUAUAAAAGGUAAUCAGAGACGAUACGGCACAUGAGACCGAAGAGCUAGCAAUUUGCUCGCUGAACGUAAACAAUUCAGCGAGGAAAUGCUGUCAGCAUCAUCGGUACCAUGUCGCAGGGGCCAUUUUUAGAUAUAUUACCUUUAUUUUAGUUUCAGUUCAGUUAUAUUUUGAAUUUAGAAUUUAUUUAGUAAUAACUAAUGUUAUGCAUCAAUUGAACAGCUUAUUUUUAAACAAAAUAACAAACUCAAGUACCUAUAGUUAUAUUUAUCAUUAAUUCCGCCUAAAGUAGUGUUUACAGUCGUUUAAAUUUAGACUAUUUCUUUGUAGUAUCAUAACUGAAUCCAAAAUUAGUUUAUUAGUUUUAUCUAUUACAAAUAAAAAAUUGCAAAUCCUGCAUCAGAUAAAGUAUGGUGUAUAACGUGUUGGUCCUGCUGGCGCUGGCAGCGGCGGUGGCCGGCGAGCUGAACCUGUGCAAGCGGCACGUAUACGUCGCGCGCGCGGAGCAAGCGGACGCGCGCGGCAGGAAAUGCUGGGACCACGUCAAGGUGCCCACUUGUGGGGGCCGCUGUGAUUCUAGAGAAGUUUCCGACUGGCAGUUCCCAUUUAAGAAGUCCCACCACCCAGUGUGCGUGCACGGAUCCCGGCGCCCCCUCAUGGUGAAGCUGCGGCAUUGCGAUGAGGGUGUCACCAAGGGCACCGAGAUUUUCCAUUACAUCGCUGCCGAAGAAUGUCGCUGCAUGAUUUGUUCAUCACAACACACAAGCUGCGAAUGGCUCCCGCCGCAUUCGACCAUUGUUGAAGGGUUUGUCGACGAAACGGAAAAAGACGAUGAAUGAAAGCAUAUUUAAAAAGAAAAUUACAAUUAUGAUAUAUGACACAUUGUGAAAAAAUAUACAUACUCGUGACAUUCCUCCUCCUGCAAGUUUGAUUUGAUCCAUAGUCCUGUGUUAAAAUACACAAUUAUGUAUUAGUGCGUGUGCGUAUGCGUAUAAAGUAAAUAAGCCACUGAAGCGUGAAAAAUAUCAACAAAUGUGCAAAACGGAAACAAUAAUGAUUGUUUCCGUUUCCAAAGCAAAAUCUGUAAUUAAUGAGAUGCCUAAAAUGCUGAUAUAUAAAUGUGAGAUUUAUAUAAAUAGGUACGGUUGCCGUUUCCCGUAAAAUGAAUAAUAACUCACUCCAGUAAUUUUAGGGACCGGAAGUAAGGUGAAUUAUACAUAAUUUAUAAUAGCUGAUCUUUUUGGUAUAACGGAUAUAUCAUGAUUCUAGUAUUAUGUAGGGCAAGAUGAUGUAAGAGCACGCAUCCGAUAAGAGUACGCAACACUAAAAGCCUCGAAGAUGUUUAGGAUACGCUCCUAACUUUUGAAGGAGACGAAGGUUAGCAGUACUGUGUGGAAAAUAAAUUAAAACUUACUAAAAUACAGAAAUAACGUAAGUUCAAAGAUUUUUGCUUACAAUCUUAAUCAUUUUUAGAAUUUGGAAAGUAUUUUGGAGACAAUACUGUAUAGCACAAUCGGAAUAGAACAAACCUCGAAAUUUCUUGGACAGUCCUGAAAUUUGGUAUGUAUGUAAAUUAAAGGCCCCCUUAUUCAUGUUUAAUGAAGAAGAAGGCUUCGUUGUAGGGGCAUAAUAGUAUAAAUCAUUUUUGUGUGGAAUUUAAUAAGCUAAGCCAUACACAAUAUUCACAUAAAACUCAUAGAUCCUGAGAAAAAUAGAAAAAAAAAGACGUAUACUUCUCAUGAUGGCGCCUGAUCCUCGUGGUCCCCAAAGCUGGAAUUUUAAGGAACGUUAACAUGGAUCCCAGAGAUUGUAUGUGUCAAAUUGACGACCGGGAAUCUUUGACGACCGGUUUGGCCUAGUGGGUAGUGACCCUGCCUACGAAACUGAUAGUCCCGGGUUCAAAUCCUGGUAAGGGCAUUUAUUCGUGUGAUGAGCAUGGAUAUUUGUUCCUGAGUCAUGGUGGUUUUUUAUGUAUUUAAGUAUUUAUAUAUUAUAUAUAUCGUUGUCUAAGUACCCUCAGCACAAGCCUUAUUGAGCUUACUGUGGGACUUAGUCAAUUUGUGUAAUAAUGUCCUAUAAUAUUUAUUUUAUUUAUUUAUAAAUUUUAUUACUGUCCCUGUUGUUUGAACCCCAUUUAAGACCUAAAAUCUGUUUUUGCGAUCACAAUAUUUAACCCUAAACAUUUUUCCUCUGUUUAUUUUAGUAAUUUUGAAUUUCAUAGUACUUGUGUAUCAAUUAUGGAUCUACUGAUGUCUGUUUUAUUGAAAUCGCUCAAUAAUUUAGGUGCUACAAGAAAAAACAUAAUUUAAUAUUCUGCGUCCUCUCAAGGCGGCUCUAUUGAUUUUUCUUUAAUAAAACAAGUGUAACAAGGUUGUGAAAGGCAAAAGGAAUCUACCAGUAUGUCAUUUUUUUAAACCCGGCCAGUAUCCUAAGCUACAGGAUAUACUGAAUCAUUAGUACUUAACCCAUAACCCUACUUUCUGGUGAAGACGCAGUCAAGGAAAAUGUUGAUAUUGGGGUAUAUCAUGUACAAAUGUAUACACAAAAGUGGAAUUCAUAUCCCUACGAGUUUCCUAUUAAAAGAAUCUCCCCUGGAAGUGUAUAAGCGCUAAACCUAGAUUCACCAAGUAUUUUUUUUAACAAGGUAUAUUUUGCAAAGAUAUCUGGGACCCUUUUGUGUAGAAUUUAAUAAGCUUUAAUAAUGUCUUACACCAUAUUUUCCUAGAUAACGUAGAUUUUGAGUAAAACGCGAAUUUCUCCAGGACGGUACACAUUUUCCAAGAUGGCUGCGAUUCCUCGAGGUCCCCAAAUGU